ACGACUCAUGUGUAGCACCGCGGACGCUAUUGACGACUACAUUAGGCGUCACACAGCGGCUGGUUCCCUCGGUCUCGCUAUUGUAAGUGUUAUGCACAACGAUGAUACUAGUAUUGCACAGGAUUUGUCAAAGGCAUCGUUCUGACGGCACGGCAUCGACGAAGUGUUGCUGCUUCACGUCAGGCGCAGAAGUCGCCCAUCCUACAGCGGUAGCUCCUCGUAGAAUAGUCACGAAUGCGGCCCGAUUGAGUCUUGUUUCCGUUCGGCAGCUAUCGCAACUGACCAGUCUAUAGGCUACUCCAUAUUCACUGUCGAAGUCUUCAGCCCUUCGUCUGUGGUGUGGUUGUCCAGGCUCGCGGCUCCAGAGUGAGCCUUUGGCAUGCACAUUGUCAAGGGCUGGAAGACUUUGUUGUAUGCUAUGGAUCAGUCUCGCACAUCUGAUUCCACAUUAUCUCGGCCGCCGCCAAUUGCUUCACCACAAGUCUCGGCGCAUGCCGCAGUCCUCACGAUGCAAAGGCAACCCUCUGAACUGUCGUCAUUAGCGCGACCAAACGGUCGAGUCAGUCCCGACCCUUCCCCGGUUUCUGCACUAUUCACUUUCCGAAUAUCUGUAUUGAAUAGUAUCAGAUUGCUACUGGUGCAGCACCGGAAUAUCUGCUCGACCUUGUUCGCAUCUCCAGACCCACUUGCAAGACCCAUCUCAACUCUUACGAACACUGCAGAUCGUCAUCGUCAUGCGGUGUCGGACAUCAUGAACAUUACGCUAUCGAGAUAGCAGCAUGUGAUAACCAUAUCUUCCGUGCAUUAUUGCGCCAUCCAUCUGACAGGGCCGUCUAUCAUCAUCCACUUGGGCAGUUCGGCCGAUGGAGUCUUAGAAGAGGCGAAAGGUGUUCUUCUAGUCUCUCCACAUGCAUUAGCAAUUGUAUGCACGUAAUCACUGCUUUGCAC